AUGGACCCUACCAAUGACCCAAAUUUCACACCACCUUCUUUAAACAAAAAUAUAGAGCCAACAGCUCCUUCCGACAAAAUUCCUAGCAUCAUGCCUAUUCAGCCGUUUGUUUUAGAAGAAUUGGGUGAAGGAGUUGAUGGUCCGGCGCCACACCCAGCUUCAUCUUCAAGACCAACCCCAACCACCGCCAGAUCAUAUGAUGCCUCUCAUGCAUCAGACACCGAAAGUAAAUAUCACUCCAAGAUCCCUAGAAAACACACUGAAUUGAUUAGUUCAUCCUCAUCAGACGAAGAAAACGAACCAAUACCAGAAAUUACCCCACCUAAAAAGGAAAUCUUACCCCCUUCAAUUAAAGUUCGAUCUUCUCAAAUUGCUGAUUUAGAAGAAGUACCACAUGGAAUUCAACGACAAGCAUUGAAAUUGGAAGAUUAUCAUUUCCCCACCCAUAGAUUGGCAACAACAUUAACUGAUGAUUCCAAACACCCAUUAGUUAUAGUUGCUUGUGGCUCAUUUUCCCCAAUAACUUAUUUACACUUGAGAAUGUUUGAAAUGGCAUUAGAUGCUAUUACGGAGCAAACAAGGUUUGAAGUCAUUGGUGGUUACUAUUCGCCAGUUUCCUCCAAUUAUAAGAAACAAGGUUUGGCACCAGCGCAUCAUCGAGUUCGAAUGUGCGAAUUGGCAUGUGAACGUACUUCAUCGUGGCUUAUGGUGGAUGCCUGGGAAUCCUUGCAACCUAAGUAUACUAGAACUGCAUUAGUGUUAGAUCAUUUCAAUGAGGAGAUAAAUAUUAGACGAGGUGGGAUCAUGACCCGUCUGGGUGAAAAAAGAGGGGUUAAAAUUAUGUUGUUGGCUGGUGGCGAUUUGAUUGAAAGUAUGGGCGAACCAGAUGUUUGGGCUGACCAGGAUUUACACCACAUAUUAGGCAAAUAUGGUUGUCUUAUUGUCGAAAGAACGGGAUCUGAUGUGAGAAGCUUUUUGUUGAGUCAUGACAUCUUAUAUGAGCAUCGCAAGAACAUUUUGGUCAUCAAACAAUUGAUAUACAAUGAUAUCUCAUCUACAAAGAUAAGAUUGUUUAUACGAAGAGGGAUGUCGGUGCAGUACUUGUUGCCCAAUUCUGUUAUUAGGUACAUUCAACAACAUAACCUAUAUGGUGAUUCUGAGCCGGUAAAGCAAGUUAUGUCGGAUAGAGCCGACUGA